AUACUCGGACAGUUUGUAUAAUAUUUCAGAUAGUGACAGAACGUGCCAGCUUGAAUUCAAAGACACAUUGAAUACAUAGGACCCGGACAAUUCAUAGUGAGAAAGAGUUUUGUACAGACUUUUGGAAAUCCUAACAAGGAACUUUAUAAAGAAAUGACUUUGAGGAAUCGAACCGUAGUCCUUUUAUACCUGUUGGUUGUGCACUCCGGCAACAAAGUGGGCCAUGCCAAUAAUAAUCACACAUUGUAUUCUCAGAUAAAUGUUUAUGGACGCAGUGUGGUGUACGUUAAUGGUCAGUGCCGCAACACGUGCGAAGGAGGAUAUAUAGAUGAGAACAACGCGUGUGUGCCGUACGUUCUUCAACAUUGUCCUGCUGGAUAUUUUUUAAUGAAUGGACUAUGUUAUAUUCAAAAUUCAAACAACUGUUUAACAGGGUAUUAUUUUUCUAGUGGGAUUUGCUACCCCACUGUACCGCCUCCAUGCGAGCAUUUCAGGAUGGAUCCUUCAUUUGAGAUAAAGCUUCAACCAAAACCAACAACGGAGAGAUCGGACCCAACCCCAAAUCCAAUAACACGUUGUCCCUUAGGCUCAGUAUUGACAGACAAUGAAUGUCGCAAAAUACUAUGUCCGAUGGGUGAAUACUACCAAGGUCAAUGCUUGCAACCUGUAUGUCCCAAAGGAACAGUUUGGCACAAACAGCGUUGCCAAGAGCCGGGUUAUAUUACCACGAUUCUUGAUAUCGAAAAUGUAUUCAUCAAUGAAGCUCGUGAUAGGCCUGGCAUAAUAGCUCAGGAGAAUAUAAACAGCUAUGUUACACAAAAGCCAGCACUUUCUGUCUCAACGACUACGUCUAAAAUCAUUAAACGGAUUACAACGACACCACCACCGCAAUCAACGAAUUCUCCGCAAGGUAUUUGUUGCACGAUUCUUACACCACGUAUUUGUAAGUUAUACGGCAAAAGGUGGGUUUGCUUCAACCACCAAUUAAAGCGAUGCGAUGCGAAGUUAUGUUCACACCCCAAGAUCUAUCUCCGGGUGCUGGAGCCAAUAUAUGAUCCACCAAUUUUAGUAAUGCCACCAAAUCCACCACUGGAGGUCUGCUCAACAUUCGAAUGCGAUAAUACAAGUAUACUCGACUGCUCUGGAUGCAAAAGUAACCGCCGCGAAAAAUGUUCCCCUUACUGCUAUCAUUACCAGUGUCCCAACAGCCAAUGUACUUUCGUGGACCUAAAGGAAUACUGUAUAAAGUAUCCUCGUGAAUUUGGAUGUGUCAGAAGAGAUGGAUGCCUAUGGGAUUGGUGUACACAAGAAAUAGUUCAAAAUAAGUUUGAUUUUUUUAACUAAUUA